AAAAAAUUGAAAUGGAAAAAUAAAAGCAAGAUAUAAUGUUUAGUAAAAGGAGAAAGAGAAGAAGGGAAUGCGUACGCAUGAGGGAACAACGAAAGAGGGAAAAGAAAAGGGAGCAGUGACGCCGCUGAACCAGAGACCCGACGGAGCUGCGACGCGAAGUGAUCGGAACUGCGACGUGGACGAGCGGAGCUACGGCGUCGAAGGUGUUAUUGUUGCUAGGCACGGGAUCGGAGAUGAAAGUGAAGAUCUUGCAUUUUCCGAAAAGAGUAAAUGGCACGGUAUUGUUUCGUGGACUUGGGAUGCUCAAGAUGAAACGUGUGGGAUCUGUAGAAUGGCCUUUGAUGGAUGUUGUCCAGACUGUAAACUUCCAGGGGAUGACUGUCCUCUGAGCAGUGGUCAUAUUGUGAGGGCUGAAGGAAGUCUCAGAAAAUUUUUAGUUGUAAUAUCACUUCUUGGGCCUUGUUUAACUAAUCAUCAACAUUGUGUAAAUGAAUCAAUGAAGCUUCCAAGCUUUGCAUAUAAGUUUGUAGGAUUAUGGAAAAAGGGUCCUUUUAUUUGGUUUCGUUUUCUCUCCACACAUAGUACACUGAAUCACUCUGUCCAAAUUUUGUUAAUUUUCUAAUUAUCUCUAAAAUUACAUCGUUUGUAGUUCUAAUUUAUAAUGAAAAUGUAUUUAAAAUGCAAACUUCUCUUGUUUGAAUGUGUUGAACUCCUGCAAAGGAAUUGUUGCUCAUGUGGAUGACUUUGACAUUUAUGCAAAAUUUAUAUACUCUAGCAAUGUAUGUUACAUUCUUUCCAACACAAAUUCACUCAACUGUAGUGUGAGUAUGUUACUGUUACUUUUUGGUUUAUGCCGAAGCAGUUUCGCAUGAUCGAGAAGCUUUUAAGACAUCAGUAAGAUAAAAAUAUUUUAUUUUGGGCUAUAAAUUCGUGCUUAACUCUCCUUGAAAAACUGUUUGUUUAAUGUAUGGAUGAUAUCUUUUUCUUGGUAUCAGGAUUUGCUUAUCAAAUUGUAGUGCUAUGUAAGUCUUUAUAACG